ACCGACCAUAACUCAAACUCGGACAUCCUCUUCAAAUGUCCUUUUCCUAAAAUUUACCUUAACUCUGCUCAAUUUUCUCUCCAUCCUAUUCCUUCUCAGCCUUGUGUGCACAUGCAUUUCUCUCACUCCCGUUUGAUAACAAGAAUGGCAUGAUUCAUCCGUUGUUACUGGCUUAAUCUCGAAAACCGGAAGUGCCGGCAACUCACAAGACUCCUUUACCGAUGAUUGAGAGUGAUCAUCUCUAGGCCAUGCAAAGAACUGGGAGACCAAAACGCCCAAGGGCUCUUCAAGCGUGUGAAGUGUGUCGCGCCAGAAAGAACCGUUGUAGUGAGGAUCGGCCAUGCACUUAUUGUGUUGAACAUGGUUUGGAGUGUACCUAUUCGCGAAUUCACCGAGAGAAGAGACCAAAACCACAGCCAAUUUCUCAGAUUAACCAUGUUACAAGCUUCAGCUCUCCACGCUUUACUCAAGGACCCAUAUCAAGCAGCAUCGACUUCUGGUCGAACAAUGAGAGUCAGACACUGUCUCUCCAUGAGCGCCCUGUACAGUAUUUGCGCUCCACUGAUGCUGGCCAACUUCAGCGCCAAGGCGUGACACCUGCUUCAUCGGCCAUGGAGGAGAACAGCCGCUCCUCGUCUGUAAACCCGCCUCGAAAUACUGCAUCUUACGUGAUGGAUACCAAUCUCCACACGAACAACCUCGAGUUCUAUGGGUCAACCUCAUCAGUCGCAUUUUUCCGCCACGUGGAAACGUUGUCUAAUAGCCAGACUACGGACUCUUCAGCAGGACCACCGGGGCUAUCGUCGGCUGCGCUUCUACACAAUACUGGAUACCAACCUGAUAUUCUACACAGCUUACCUGUAGAUUCCCGGGAGGCUGAAAUUAAUGCAGAUCGAUUUCACUUUCGCGUUGCAAGACGGUUCCUCGACGCUUACUUCUCCAACAUCCACCAUAUCCAGCCUUUGCUCGACGAAGAAGUGUUUCUGACUCGCUGUGAGGAUCUGUGGUUUAACAGACCAGGCAAACAACCUUUAUCCUUUGUUGCUCUUUAUUAUGCCACCUUGAGUUUGGGAAGCCUUGUUAUGACGUUUGAAAACCCCGAAAUAUAUGGAGCAGAUCGAUUCGCAUGGAGUCGCAAACUAUUCAAUAAUGCACUUGCUAUCGUGACGCGACUUGGCACAACGACAGAUGUGGAAAUGGUCCAGUGUUUCUACAUGAUGAGCAAAGUAUGUCAGCACGAGCUCAACCCUCACGUGGCAUACCUAUACUCUGGUCAAGCGGCGAGAACCUCGUUGGCAAUCGGAAUCAAUCGCAGUUCCAUUAAUUCGGAUGCAGCAGACCCGCGGGCGUCGACUACGGCAUCAAAAACGUGGUGGGCUGUCUACUGCCUUGACAUACAAACUAGCUUUGCUUUAGGAAGACCUGAUAGCCUCGGUCCCGAUCAAUACCACACACAAUAUGUCCCCACAGAAGCCCCAGGAAACGCAAGUACAACCCCUCAGAUCCUCCAUAUUGUUCCGUGUAUGGUUGGCCUGUCGCGAAUUAUGCGGAAAGUGGCGCUCGAUUUAUACACUCAAUCGUGCGAAAUGGAACAAAAACUUCACCUAGCAAAAACACUCGACGCUGAGUUAGAGAAUUGGCUUGAACAAGUUCCCUCCCACCUUCGGUCUCAGCAGCAGAGUGACUCAGAUAUUUCCUUGAAACCUCGGCGGCUCGACAGCUAUACAAAGAAGCAGUCCGUCGUUCUUCAACUUCGCUAUCUCAACCUUCGAAUGGUAAUCCACGGUGUGUUUAUGACUGAUGCGAAAAUAACUAUAUCAGACGAAGCCGAAUGCCUUCGGAAAUGCCAAUGUCUCUGUAUCCAAUCUGCAGAAGACGCAAUCGAUUUGAUAUACUCAACAUUUCGCGUAGACGAUUACUUUCAGACCUGGUGGUACAAUGCAACGUAUACCUUGUUUGCCGUGAGCAUAUUGCUUGCUGUUGUCUUUCGGCAGCUCACCAGAACCCGGCAGGAGCUGGAGAGUAUUUAUGCCCAUAUUGACCGUGCGAUUGCGGUGCUCCAUGCGAUGGAUGACUGCGUGGUCGCUAGAAAUGCGGCAUCCAUCAUCAAGCGGACACUCGCUCGAGCCAAGCAAAUGUCUCAGCCAGCCCUUGCACCAUCAUCAUCUCAGGAUGGUGACCUCAAUGGCGUGCUACAUCCCCCCGUUAAUUUAGAAAACCAAACAGAAUCUGAUAAUCGUGACACGCUGUUGCAGUCUCAAGAGAUGAAUGGUGACGAGCUGGGUGAAGCCGUGGGUGAUCUUGAUUGGAUUAGCACCUAUCCUUUUAAUGAUAGCCAGCAAGCUUCCUUCUGGACUGAAUGGGCUCAUGAGAUUAAUACUCUUGGUACAUAGUAUAUGUAUAUUCAAUAUUGUAUUUCAAUACAAUUCUCGACUAC